UAAAGUCUGGCCACCAUGGUGCUGGGGAAGGUGAAGAGCUUCACGGUCAGCUAUGACUGUCUGAAUGACAGUAACGUCCCCGUGUUCUCCAGCGGGGACUGUGUCUCAGGGAGGGUCGUCAUCGAAGUCACGGGAGAAAUCCGUGUCAAAUCUCUCAAAAUCCACGCCAAAGGAUUCGCAAAAGUUCGAUGGACUGAGUCGAGAAGCGCCGGAUCCAACACUGCCUACACGCAAAACUACACGGAAGAAGUGGAAUAUCUGAAUUACAAAGAUAUUUUAAUCGGGCAUGAGAGAGACGAUGACAACUCAGAGGAAGGACUCACCACUAUCCAUUCAGGACAACAUGAGUAUGCAUUCAGUCUCGAGCUUCCACAGACACCUUUGGCUACCUCCUUUGAAGGGAAGCACGGCAGUGUGCGCUAUUGGGUAAAGGCAGAACUUCACAGGCCAUGGCUCCUGCCCAUGAAGACCAAGAAGGAAUUUACAGUCUUUGAGCACAUUGACAUCAACACUCCAUUACUGCUGUCUCCACAGGCAGGCACAAAAGACAAGACUCUUUGCUGUUGGUUCUGCACCUCAGGUCCCAUUUCCCUAAGUGCCAAAAUUGAAAGGAAGGGAUAUACCCCAGGAGAGUCGGUCCAUAUUUUUGCGGAGAUAGAAAACUGCUCAUCGCGUAUGGUGGUGCCAAAGGCGGCCAUCUACCAGACUCAGACCUUCUAUGCCAAAGGGAAAAUGAAGGAGGUCAAACAGCUUGUGGCCAACCUUCGGGGAGAGUCCCUAUCAUCGGGCAAAACCGAGACCUGGAACGGCAAGAUGCUGAAGAUCCCUCCCGUCUCGCCCUCCAUCCUGGACUGCAGUAUUAUCCGAGUGGAGUACUCCCUCAUAGUAUAUGUUGAUAUACCCGGAGCGAUAAACCUGUCUCUGAAUCUGCCCUUGGUCAUUGGAACCAUCCCACUACAUCCCUUCGGCUCACGUACUUCCAGUGUCAGCAGCCAGUGCAGCAUGAGCUGGUCAGGCAUGGGUCUUCCUGAGAGACCUGAAGCUCCUCCAAGCUAUGCAGAAAUUAUUACAGAAGAGCAGAGGCAGAGCAGUCUGGAUGGUCCAGCAGCCCGUGAAGAGCUGGAUGGACCUAUGUUUGCCUACAUUCAUGAGUUCCGUUUUCAGCCUCCUCCUCUGUAUUCUGAGAUUGAUCCAAACCCAGCUCACGCCAUCUGUACAGAGGAGCGCAGGCUCGACGCUUGCCCAUCUCGCUGAGGAUUUUCCUGAAAUUCCCCUAUUUUUCUCUGGGAACUCAAAGGAACCUAUGUGCAAGGCUCAGCUUUGUGUUUUUUGAUUUUUCUCUCACAAUGGCGUUCAUAUGUGUUGACUUUGAGAGAAAAACAAAGCAUCCAUCCAACAAAGACCUCGACAAAUGACCACAGUUGAGUUGGCUUGGACAAAUCUGUCCCUGCCUGCCCUCAGCGAGACGAGCAGGAAGUCUCACAUUUGAGGUGUCCCCUCCUUCCUGUGUCAGCCACCUGAGGGUGGGGAUAUGCACAGAUGAACUCUUAUUCAACCAAUAAAAAGAAAAAAGCUCUCUCGUAAGGAGAGCCGUGGUGGUAGACGUGAUGAGGAAGAGUCGCUGUAAUUUGUUUUGCGAUCAUUUCACUUCUCUCUACCCAUGGCACAUAAGGACAUGGCUCCAAAUGCAAAGGGCAGGACUACUUAUGUCCAUACUUUACCGUUGUCACCUAGAAAGAAAAAAAACAAAACGGGAUGAAGACAGACUUUGUAACGACCACACUGUAGGAAUUAAAGCUUUCAGCAGGAGUCGGUGACUUAGCAAAGACUGCGUUCUCCUGCCUCACUUGGGAUUAUCUUUUGCACAUUUUAUUACUUACUUGACUUGUGUUGCUCUGUUUAAAUGAGAAUUGAAAAAGAAAAUCACUAAUGGUUUUGGUUUGGCCUUGUUAAUGCACCAGACUAAAGAAAAAGUAAGACUGCAGGUUUGACUGUUUGACUUUGACGUCAUUUACACGCUCAUUCAUCAUCACAGCACGCAGGAGGCGGUUUUGGGAGAACUGACUGCGAACAAUGCACUGAUUUGUUAAACAGGUUUAGGAUACCCCUCCUGCACCCACCUUAAUAUAUUUCCUCUGUGAUUUACGGUGGCAGGACUAAAGCUGCAGCACACUGUUUCCAUCUGGCAGCUCCUUCAGAUGCUGCAGAAAGAGCUUGACCGUUUGCAUCCAUUUCUGUUUCUUCUUUUUUUUUUUUUUGUGGUGGGGAGGUGUAUUUGGCACCAAACACAGAAUGAGUCAGCCAUUUUAUAUGGUGAUGUUGCUCUAGAUUUGGACUAGGAGGCUUGCAGGGCAGCAUUCACUGCUCAGAUUGCAUCUGAAGAGAAAUGUGCACAUGAGUAGAGCAGGUAUGGCUGCCUGUGGCUCCCCUAAUCCUAAUCUCAGGGUAAUUGUGUGUAUGUGCGUGUGUGUGUUUUUGUUUUGUUUUUUAAAUUGCACUGUUAAGAUUUUUUUUUUUACUGCCAAAAGAAGCGAGAAUAGAUGUUCUAGCAAAGCAAGGCAGCUUUUUGAGAUAACUCACAUUCCUUUUUUGUCCUGCUGCACUUGCCCAAUUCACCAACUGAGAUUUUUUUUGUUGUUGUUUGUUUUUCCAACCAGACCGGUGAAACCAGAAUGCUGAUCAU